AUUUGUUAAUCAUUUGUGAAUGAACAUCAGUAGUGAUUAGUUGUACCUAUACUUGUUUUAGUUUGUUAAUUUAUUCACUUAUACGAAAUGUCAUCAUCAUCUUCAACACGUUUAUCAACAAUUUUAUUUGUUGGUGUCGCAUCAUUUUUAAUACUUCAAGUUUAUGGACAACGAAAUCCUUUCUUCUCACAACAGCAAAACAGACAACAACCACUCGCACAGUCUAACCAACCAACCCAAAAACCAAUUUUAAAAUCAAGUUCACAAUGUCCAGAACCAUAUGGACGAUUCCCAACAUCACAAUGUGAUGCCUAUAUCGAAUGUAUUGACGGUCAAGCAGAAGAAAAGCUAUGCGCAGAUGGUCUAUUAUUCAAUCCAGCCGCUGGAAUACAUGCUUUCCCUUGUCAAUAUCCCAUUGAUGUUGACUGCCAGGGCAGAACUACAUUACAACCUGCUCAAGCUACCGAGGACUGCCCUCAUCAAUACGGAUACUACAAAAUUGGUGAUUCAAAGAAUUGUGGACAAUUUAAAAAUUGUGUUGAUGGUAGGGCAUUUGUUUUUGAUUGCCCUGAAGGUCUUGCCUUCGAUGAAACUAAAUACCGUUGUGAUUGGGCUGAUCAAGUAGCUGAUUGUGAUGCCGAAGCGUAUUUGGGUUUCACUUGCCCGCAAGAACCUGAUGCACGAAGUGGUUUAGGAUUCAGUGAAUAUCGUUACUUCCGAAGUCCUGUUGACUGUUCCAAAUAUUUUGUAUGUGUUGAAGGACGUCCACGAGCAUACAGUUGCGGAGAAGAUCGUGCAUUCAAUGAUUUAAUAAAUGCUUGUGAUGGUAUUGAAAAUGUCACAGGAUGUGAACCGUCUCCAAGUGUGGUAGCUUAUCAAAAAUCAAGCAAUGUUAAGCCAGUAAAUUUAAAUCAACAACAAAAACAACAAUCAAGUUUUCAAACUCAAAGACGAGGUUAAAACAAUUUAGUUUUAGAUCACAUUAGCAAAAUGUAUUUUAAUUCGAAAAAACCAUCAAGAAGACAAAAAUAUACAGAAAAGAACAAAUUGUAAAUAUAUAUUUUUC